GUGAAUGCCACAGAUGAAGAUGAAGGCGCAGAUGGAAACAUAACCUUCUCUUUACUACCAUCAGUAGGCAGUGAUCUUUUCAGUAUCGAUCCCAGCACAGGAGAAAUCAGUUUAAAUUGCUCAAAUUGCCUUGACCCCCGUAGAGGAACAUAUGACCUUAUCAUUCAAGCCAAAGACGGAGGUUCUCCUAGUUUUACUGACACAAUGGCAGUUCCAGUGAAGAUAAAGCAGACAAUAUUUGCACCCCCGAAGUUUACACACGAAGUGUAUCAUGUCAGUGUGAGAGAGAACCAAACAGCUCAGUUUGUACUGCAGCUCUUGGCUUCUGAUGACGACACUCCCCGGUCAGAACUAAAUUUUUUUCUGGUUCAAGUAAAUCCCAAAACUGCAAGAAAUUUAUUCGUCAUCUUCCCAAACGGAUCAGUCUAUGUCAAUGGCAGCAUCGAUGCUGAGAUGUUUAACUACUUUGAACUAGAUGUCUCGGUGUCCGACAGACAUGGUAGCGACAGCGCUCAUGUCAUUGUCAACAUAACUGACGUUAACGAGUUUGCUCCUGUGUUGAAUAUCACUGGUCAGGGAUUCGUUCAACUACCAGAGAACAUAGGUAUUGCAGAAUUUGUUGCUGCAGUUGACGCUAAGGAUGAUGAUGUUUCAAAUGAUGGUUUUUCAUUUUUCUUGUCUGCUGGAGCUGAUGGAAAAUUUGUGAUAGACGCAAACACAGGGACUAUAACAGUCAGUGGCUCUUUGGAUCGCAAACGGCAAUCAGAAUACAACAUCACGGUAAAUGUGUUUGAUCAUGGCGUACCUCCACGUCUGGGCUCUGGCAAUCUAGUAGUACAAGUCAAAGACAGUAACCGUGCUCCAUAUUUUACUAACGGCAGUGCCACGGUAUCAGAUUAUCACUUUUAUGUCCUGGAGAAUUUGACUGUCGGAGAACUACCUAAUGGUUCAUCAAGUUACUUUUCUUUAGACAAGGAUUCAGGAAAUUUAACACUUUCCAAACCUCUUGAUUACGAGAAAAGGAAUGAAUUUUCACUAAAAGCCGUUGUAAGUGAUAACUCAUUAACUAUUUUAUAUAUUUAUUCUCAUGACAUCAUGCCAUUGGGUGCGAAGACUGCAACGGCAAGUGACUGUCUUUCUUUCUGGAC